CCCGCCGCUCUGUUCUGUUCCUCUCUGCUGGCAGUUAAAGGGUCACAUAAGCUGUGUUUCCACAGAGAGGCUCCACAACAGUUAAUGCUCAUCAUUCAUUCUUCAACUCAUCAAAGAGAGAGAGAGUAUUAGCAACGGGAGAGCAGCUGAGAAGCUGCCGUUAAGGGAUCAGCCAUGCUUGGAAGCAUCCACACAGAUUUGGUGGUCACAGUGACUCUACUCUUUCUAACUCAGACAUGGACUCAGUGCAGGGCUGAAAAUGACUUUUCAUUAGUUACUUUACCAGAUUGGAUGCCAAAUUCAGAAUAUGUUAAAAAGUGUUUCUACGACAGACACAACAAUCUGAUUUGUGACUGGAACCAACGAAGAACAGACGAUUUUGUAAUGACUACUUUAGAAAGUGGUCCACUGGAGCUGGAGGGCAAGGCCUGUCUAGAGUUUUGGUACUUAUCGCCGGUUGCAGCUAAUGGGUCAGAACUUCGCAUUCUGCUUAAAAGCAGCGUUGGUCUGAUGAAAAUCAGGACCUUACCUGCUCUCCCCAGGGAUUUUUGGAGACAAGUGUUCAUCCCCUUGAACGUCAUUGAACCAGAGACUCAGGUUGUUGUCGAAGCAGUGUCCAUGGAGGGAGGGCAGUUCAUAUUUAACCGGAUAGGUGUAAGAAGAGGCUCAUGUGGACCCCAGUGUGAAAUGAACACAGAGUUCUGGACAGAUGAGUCCACCCGCUGCCUCUGUUCUGGUGGCCAGCUCGCCUGCUCUCCCUUUCAGUGCCCUAAGGGCCAAAUCUGUGGUCCUCAAAUAGGAAGCUCUAGUGGGAUUUCCACUACUGGGACGUGCACUAUACACCGUCACACAGAAUGCAGGACUUUUGAUGGGGUGCUGUUCCGCUUCAUGGACCCUUGCACCUACAUGCUGGCUAAGACCUGCUCACCCUCUGAGGCCCUGCCCAUGUUCAGUGUGGAAGUGGUCAAUAAGCAGAACGGGAACUCAUCUCUGCCAACUGUUCAGAAGGUCACUGUGAACAUGGGAAAGUUUAGGGUGUCCAUGCUGAAAAAGCAAACGCAUCGGGUUGUGGUUAAUGGGGUCUGGAAGCAGCUUCCACUGAGCCUCAGAAGUGGCACUAUCAACAUGAAGAGCAACCCAGCUGCUGUUGAACUGGAAACCAGUUUUGGUCUUUCUGUCUCAUAUGACAAUGCUGGUGCUGUCCAUGUCACCCUGCCAUCCAUUUACUCUGAUAAAGUCUGUGGCUUGUGUGGAAACUUCAACUACCUCAAUGGAGAUGACUUCAUAAAGCCUGAUGGAACAAAUGCCCAAGAUGCUACAGCCUUGGCUGAGAGCUGGCAGACUGGGGAAACCAACUCCUCCUGUGAAACCAUUUUAGUACCUCAUCAAUGUGACCCACUGGAGGAGGCUGAGUAUGCUAGUGAGCUGUACUGUGGAGGCCUCCUCUCUAGCACGGGGCCCUUUGCUGACUGCCUAUCAGUUCUUGGGGCAGAGAGCUACUUCAGGGACUGUGUGGUCGACAUGUGCUCUACUCAUGGUGACCCAGCGGUGCUUUGUAAGACCUUACAGGUGUACGCUGACAUCUGCCAGGAGGCUGGAGUCGGCAUACCCAUGUGGAGGAACUCUACAUACUGCCCCCUUCAGUGUGGUGAGAACAGCCACUAUAACUCAUGUACUGAUGGCUGUCCCAAAGUGUGCUCCAGUCUGGAUAUAGUUGGCUCCUGUGGAAGCUGUGAGGAAAGAUGCGAGUGUGACUCUGGCUUUCAACUCAGUGGGGGGAAGUGUGUCCCAGCAGAGGACUGUGGGUGCUGGCAUAAUGGCAAACACUAUGAGAAAGGAGCAACAUUUUCAAAGGGAGAGUGUGAGCAGCAGUGUCAGUGCAUGGGUAACAAUGGCCUGGAGUGCACCACAAUGCAAUGCACAGUCAAUGAGGUUUGUAAGGUCAAGGAUGGGGUCAAAGGCUGCUUCCCUUUCAAACCCGCCACCUGCAGCGUGUAUGGUGAUCCACACUAUAUCACCUUUGACGGGAUGGCAUAUGACUUUCAAGGUGGCUGCAGUUACACGCUGACUACCACGUGCGGAGGAAAAAGCUCAGUCCAGUUCUCUGUGAUUGGACACAACAUGCAUCCUCCUCUUCAGAACUUCACCAGAUCCAAGCUGGAAGCUGUAACGCUUCAGGUCGACGAUCUAUACCUCACCCUGAAUCAGAGCGGAGAGGUCUAUGUGAAUAACAGCCUUGUCUCACUGCCCUAUUCCACCAAUGGUAAAUACGGCUCAGUAUGGGUCUACCUGAAGAAAAAUUAUAUUAUCUUGGAAACAACAUUUGGCCUCAGAAUGAUGAUAGAUGGGCAGAACAGACUCUUCCUGAAGGUGGAUGAGCUCUACAAGUAUGAACUGUGUGGACUCUGUGGCACAUACUCUGAACGGCAGGACGAUGACUUCAUAGCACCAGGAGGCCAAAACGCUACUGGGCCAUUUGAGUUUGGUAAUAGCUGGAAGAUUCCAGGCAAUAAUGAGUGUAUUUCCCAUCCAAAUAAUCCCAGACGUUGUGAUUAUGAUGAGGAGAAUGUGGCCUACAAAGAGUGUGAGACCCUACUAGGGGACGUCUUCAAGCCCUGCCAUGAACCCAUUCACCCAAGCAUCUACCUCAAUAGUUGUGUGUAUGACUACUGUGCCACCAAUGGUGACCAACACACCCUAUGUGAAUCUCUCGAGUCCUAUGUAGCAGCAUGCCAGGUUAAAGGAGUGGAGCUGCCCCAAUGGCAGACAGACACAGCCUGUGCUGACCCCACAACCACUGCAACUGCAUCUCCAACUCCUACCUCUCCAACACCAGAUCAGACUCUCUGUCCCAUAAACUGUGACUUCGAAAAAAAUCUGUGUGGGUGGGAACAGCUCAUACAGGACAGUUUUGAUUGGACACGACAUUCAGGACCCACCCCAUCAAGCCUAACUGGCCCAAACCAAGAUCACACCACUGGAGCUGGUUUCUACAUGUAUAUUGAGGGAACUAGUGUAACCCAUGGAGAUUCAGCUCGUCUGUGGAGCUCAACAUGCCAUUAUAAUGGCCCACUUUGCCUGCACUUCUGGUACCAUAUGUAUGGUUCAGCCACAGCCAUGGCCCUUAAUAUCUACCUGACCAAAGACAAUAAAUCUGUCAAGCUCUGGUCCAUGAUGAACAACCAAGGACCGGCAUGGCAUCUAGGAAAUGCUGACAUCAGAGUGUCUGGUCCAUUCCAAAUCAUAGUGGAGGGAAUUCGAGGCUCAGAUGCUCGAUCAGAUGUGGCCAUUGAUGACAUUUCCAUCAACUUUGGCUCAUGUUUAGGUAGCUUCCCUGGCCUGGUUAUUGGAACUGAACUUCCUUUCACAACUGCGGAGGUCUUCCCCUCACACCCAGUCUGCAAUAUAGACUGUAGCUUCAACAGCAACCUUUGUAGCUGGAAUCAGAUGAUCACAGAUGCUUUUGACUGGACAUGGCAAAGUGGUUCCACCUCAACCCUGAUGACUGGGCCCUCUGCUGACCACACUGGGGAUGGCCACUAUCUUUACAUCGAAGCCAACAGUGCGUCACAUGGAGACACGGCUCGUCUCAUCAGCUCUGAGUGUUCUGAAUCUGGUCCACAGUGUCUGCAGUUCUGGUACCAUAUGUAUGGCUCAGCAGAUACAAUGGGCCUCCAUGUCUACUUGUUUCAGGAUAGAAAGGCUGACGCUGUUUGGUGGAAGCGAAAUGACCAAGGAAAUAUGUGGCACCUGGCUCAAGUGGACAUCACAACAACUGGAGCUUUCCAGAUCAUAUUUGAGGGACGAAGAGGUUCCAACGAUCAGUCUGAUGUUGCCAUAGAUGAUGUAUCACUUCAUCGUGGGCACUGCACAGACCAAACUAGACCAACAACCCCUGCUCCCACAACCUUCAAUCCAGUUGCAACAGCAGAUCCAGAGCUUCCUCCAGCGAACAGCUCAACUACUACACAACCACAGACAUCUACUUCAUCAAAACCCCAGCCACCAUCAACAACUAUUUUUACAACGGCCGCCACAACAACAGCAGCAGCCCCAACUGAUUGUGAUACACAAGCCCCUACAAAGCCAGCAACAACCGUAACCCCAACAACUUCAAAUCCUGAUGUCCCAACAACAAGACCACAGCUACCAAUAACAUCAACACCAGUAACAACUACCACAACUGGACCCCAAACUACAGCUAGACCCCACCCACCCACAACAGAGCACCCAGGAGUUGAAACUUCAGAGCAACCAGAACCUGAAAUUACAGAAAAACCUCAAACAACAGCAAGACCAGAGCAACCAGCUACAUCAACUAAUGAACCCCAAACCACAGCUAGACCCCAACCCCAAACAACAGAAGGUCAUGAACCUACAGCUGGAUCACAAGCACCAACAGCUACACCAGAAUCUCUAACUGACAGUCAACCACAGCCACAAACAACAGCUAGACCACAACCUCCAACCACCGUUAUACCCCAACCCACAACAGCCAUACCACAGCCUGCAACAACAUGGGGACCACAACCCACAACAACAGAUGGACCACUACCUACAACAACCAAUAAACCACAUUUGACAACAGCACACCCUUGCCCAGAGAACAGUCAUUACACUACUUGUAUCCCUGCCUGCAGUCCAACCUGUACAUACUUGAAUGGUCCACCCCGCUGCAGUGACGAUAAUGGUUGUGUGCAGGGGUGUGUAUGUAAUGAAGGCUUUGUGCGGAAAUUGAGGGUUUGUGUGCCUAUCCAACGAUGUGGAUGUAUGGACAGGAACGGCACUAAACAUAAUUUUAAUGAAGUGUGGUACACCAAUCACUGCAGUCAGAAAUGUAAAUGCGACAAAGCCAAUGGCCUGGGGAAGAUUAAAUGCCAGGACAAAGAUGAGUGUGAUGGAAAUGCUGUCUGCCUUCAAAAUCCAGAGGGAGAUUAUAACUGCCAGUCUACAGGCUUCAGUGAGUGCACAAUCAAUGGAGACCCUGAGUACCGAACCUUUGAUAAAAUGAAGCAUGGCUUUAAGGGUGAGUGGUCUUAUGUGCUGGUCCGGACCAACAACUUGCCAAAUAACUAUCCACGUGUUUACAUCGAGGGCAUCAAUACCAUAAAUGAUGGCGAAGAUAGUAAUUAUCAUGGUGACAGUAGCAGUGAAGAAGACCACAGUCGCAGAGUCAGGGAUGAAGAUGAUGAUGAUGAUGAUGAAGACUAUAAUGAAGAAGAUGAAGAUGACAACAAACAUGAUGACGACAUUGAAGAGCAGGAGGAAUAUCCCAGAUUACAAGUGUUUAAGAAACCCCACAGAUUACAAGAGUUUAAAAUCAUAGUGUAUGAUCACACUGUGGAGUUCAAGAAGAACCGGAGGCUGAUCGUGGAUGGAAGGAGAACUAAUACUCCUGCCUCACCGACUGCUGGUCUAAACAUCUGGGAGCAUUCCUCUCGCAUCUACCUGAAGACCGACUUUGGCCUCUCAGUGGAGUUUGAUGGACACAGCAGAGCAGGGAUCAUUCUACCACGCAUAUAUAAAAGGAAGGUGGGGGGUCUGUGUGGGAACUUUGAUGGUUACAGACACAAUGACCGGAUGAAACCAGAUGGUACCAGGGCCCGGAGUGUUCAAGAGUUUGGAGAGAGCUGGAGAGUGUGAAUAUCAGAUGAAUGUAAAGAUGAGACAUGGCACUUAAAAAUAACCUGUUUUUGACCACUAGUAGAAACAUCACUGUGGCAGUUUACAAGAAAACUCCACACUGAUGAUAUAUAUAUCACCUAUAAAAUAAGAAGAGACAAAUAUAAUGCUGAUUUCAUUUUUUUCCUUAGACAAGGUAUCCUCUCCUAAACCUAAGCUACCAAACAUGACUUGGCAUAAACAUAAUCAGUGGCAAAUAAAGCUUUCUGGCAGUUUCAUGAAUCUGCUACUAUUUUUAAGAAAUCUCUAACAUCGUAACUUUCUCAAAAAAUAUUUGUACUAUAUAUAUAUAUAUCAGACUUUACCGUUUGUGUCAUUGCCAACAGCAUACUUUUUAUUCUAAGGCGAUAUUAUUACAGAUGUGCAUAUACUGUAUGAAACAUUAUGAUUAUGCAGGACUACAAAUGGAUUAUUCAUCACUGUCGAUACUGUUGGAAAUAAAUAAAUGAUUAUACAAAAUGCACUUGUCAUAAUGUGUAUUCGAAAGCCAGUGCGUUAGUAGGUUUUCUAUUGAAUCUUCAGUUCAUUGUUCUAAUAAACAUGCACUGUGGUUACAC